GGCUCCUGUGGAUGAAGGCAGUGAUGCUGCGUCGUUGUGUUCAGUGACUCAGAAUCCAACUCUGAAGUGUACCUCAGCUGCUGCUCUCCUCACAGCGACGGCUUCAAACCCGGACACACACGCACCUGACAGCUCAGUUCUGACUGAGCUUCUCCAGAAACCAUGAAGGUCCUCCUGCUGCUCUGCCUGCUGACUUUAGGAAACACCAAACCCUACCAGUCCUUCAAAGUCUCAGACCUCCUGGAUAUGUAUGACAUCAUGAUGGCUGAUUCAGACGAGGAUGAUGAUGAUGACGACGAUGAAGAGUUUGAGGAGGGUGAUGGAAACUGCCCACCUGGCUGCCACUGCUCACCCAGAGUGAUGCAGUGCUCCGAUCAGGGUCUGAUCUCUGUUCCUGAAAAGAUUUCUGAAGACACACUGCUGCUGGACUUCCAGAACAACGACAUCACGGAGAUCAAGGAGAAUGACUUCAAGAACCAGCACAGGCUUUACGCACUGUUUUUAAUAAACAACAAGAUCUCCAAGAUUCACCCCAAAGCCUUCAGGAACAUGGACCGUCUCCGGCUACUGUACUUGUCCUAUAAUCUGCUAACCGAGAUCCCUGCAAAUCUGCCACGUAACAUCAUCGAGCUGCGUCUCCAUGCCAACAAGAUCGGGCGCAUCCAGAAGGAUGCAUUUAAAGGUCUCAAGUGGCUGCACGUGCUGGAGCUGGGUGCGAAUCCUUUGGCUAACAGCGGGAUCGAACUUGGGGCUUUUAAUGGUGUGUCAACUCUGUACCUGGGUAUGGCAGAAAACAAACUAACCACCAUACCAAAAGACCUGCCGUCAUCCAUCACUGACCUAAACCUGGACUACAACAAGAUCACCAAGGUGGAAAUAGAAGACUUCUUCAGAUAUAAAAAUCUCCAGAGAUUAGGUUUGGGCUUUAACCAAAUUAAGUCUGUGGAAAACGGGAGCUUUGCCAGCACCCCGAGUAUCCGUGAGAUCCACCUGGACAACAACCGCCUGAGAAAGGUUCCACCAGGCCUCAGCUCACUGCGAUACCUCCAGGUGAUUUUUCUCCAUGCCAACAAAAUCAGCAGCGUGGGAGUGAAUGAUUUCUGCCCCGUGAGGCUCGACCUCAAGAAGAACUUGUACACAGGCAUCAGUCUGUUUGCCAACCCUGUCAAGUACUGGGACAUCCAGCCUUUUACGUUUCGCUGUGUGGGCGGACGGAGGGGCAUCCAGCUCGGCAACUUCAGGAAGAAGUAGAACGUUAAACAUGGUGCAGAAAUGAAGAACUGCUGAUGUCCUUAGCUCAGAUUAAGGAAGGAGCAAAAAAAUAAUCCUGACUUAAAAAAAAUUAUAAAAAACU